AUGAAAGUCUUUAGUGAUGCCAAGACAACACUCAAGAUACAAAACCAUGGAAAAUAUGAAAUAGCAUACCGGUACAGAAUCACUCCAACCUGUGACAUUAACUUUGGUCCCCUCAUUUUUGGAGGCAGGAAAACUAAGCCGUUCAUUAUUGAGAACACUGGAGUGUUUGAGACUCGCUUUUCAAUCUCCUGCAUGAUUGCACAGUCCCCUGAGAGGGGUAAAAAGCCGCCCUUGGAUUUAACAAACAGACACAAUGCUGUUGGUGGCAAAGUGAAACCUGAGUAUAUGCAAAAAGAUAUGUGCAUAGCACAGACACGGCUGACGGUGGGGGUGUUCUCUGUGUACCCCUGCACUGCAGUGGUGCUGCCUGGCUCCCAGCAGGUGGUCACUGUUGAAUGUAGCGGGGAUGAGUUGGGAAGCUUUGACCAGGGAUUGAUCAUAGACAUAUGUGACCGUGACCCCUCAGACCAUCCUGAUGGAAUACCAUACAAACUACUGGCUGAAGUAUACAAGACAGUUUCUACUUUUAUUCAUAACGGGUUCUUUGAAGACUGA